GCGGUUUCGAAGUCAUAACGAACUUAUUUACAAGAUUUAAUUCCCAAACACUGCAAUAUUUUUUUGUUUAUAUCCAGAUUUGUUCAGCCAAAUGCCCCUUCUCGUCGUCCUCGAGACGCGGCAAAGAACCCUAGACAGGAAGAAGCUCUUCUCCAAGCGUGUGUAGGACUGGAGUGGAGCCCGGUGGAUAGAUCAGGGCAGCUAUCAAAGAUCCGAUUUUUACCAACCAUUUCCGUCAUAUUUGCUUGUCUGUUACUGUUUGUCAACGGAAAGAUAUAGAUGGACGACGACGGGACACUGGGGAUUCAAAACUGGGGCGGUUAUUACCGGGCUCCGCCUUUGAAAGGAAAUCUAGGUCUGCAACUCAUGCCCAGUGUUGGAGAACGCGACACCAAGCCUUUCUUCUCCGGCUUAGGCAGUGGGGGCGGCUACAUCCAGCGCGAAUGUGAAGUCACGGGGCCGUCUGCCAUGCCGAUGGGCUUUGCAAGGAACAUUUGGUAUAAUAGUAACAGAGAUAGUAGCAAAAUGCUUAAUGUUUUCCAUGGAAACCAUCAAGAACAAUCUCACAGUUAUGGGUCACUUUUACCUGAAGCCACUGCGGGUACUGUGUCUGGAACAGCCGUGCAUACCUUGCAGAUGCUGCAGAACGUAGAAGUACCUCUAAAGGAGGAGAGGGUGCCGGCCAUUGAGGAGCCUGCUGCUCCUCAACAAGAGGUGGUAUCUUUGAACAAGAGAUCAAAGGGUCAGGGGCGCCCUUCCAAGGCCUCAAAGCCUAAAAAGGACAAGAAGGCUACAACCCCCAGGGAAGAGUCGUCCAAUCCUUUUGGGAGAGGGAGGUCGGCAAAGAAGACAAUGGAUAUGGUGAUAAAUGGAAUUGAUUUAGAUUUAUCCGGGAUGCCCGCACCUGUCUGCACUUGCACUGGACGCCCACAGCAGUGCUAUAGGUGGGGUGCUGGUGGGUGGCAGUCAGCUUGCUGCACUACAAUCAUUUCAAUAUAUCCAUUGCCAAUGAGCACAAAGAGGAGAGGAGCUCGCAUUGCAGGGAGGAAGAUGAGCCAGGGUGCCUUCAAGAAGGUGCUGGAGAAGCUUGCUGGGGAAGGUCAAGAUUUUAGUAGCCCAAUCGACUUGAAACCGUUCUGGGCCAAGCAUGGUACUAACAAGUUUGUGACAAUCAGGUAAAGAUGUAAAUUGCUUAUCAGCUUUGGUAGGGUUCACCUUCUCCGUGGGAAUGUUCUUUUUGCUGUGCAUAUAAACAUGCAGCCUUCUGCUGAAACUGUCGGAUUAGGUUGUUGAACUUGAUUCUAUUUAAUUGGUGAUAUAUGUAUGCAUUUCAAGGUUAGGAUUCUGGCUAGCUGGACAUUGUUGUGGUUUUAUGCCUCUUAAUUAAUUUAUCAUAACUUUUCCUAUUAAUAUUUUUCUUUCUUUUA